CAGAGUACAGCUUUGUCUUUCCCGGACAGUGUGUGUGUGUUAGUGAGUGUGUGUUAGUGAGUGUGAGUGUGCAUCUCUAAACUAAAGGAUAUUCUUAACAAGAGGACUAGAAGGCAGCCUCAGUCAAAGCAGUCAUCAUGGCAGACAAUGAGGAGAGAAAGACAAAGAAGACCAAGAAUAGGCCAAGUUGCUUGGGAUAUCCUGUCAGUAUAUUUUUCAUUGUGGUGAAUGAGUUCUGUGAGCGAUUCUCCUACUAUGGCAUGAAAGCGGUGCUUGUGCUGUACUUCAAGUAUUUUAUCGGUUGGGACAAUGAUUUGUCCACAACCAUCUACCACACAUUCGUGGCUCUGUGCUACCUAACACCUAUCCUGGGGGCCAUCAUCGCAGACUCAUGGCUGGGCAAGUUCAAGACUAUCGUGUAUCUGUCUAUAGUGUACACCAUCGGCCAGGUGAUCAUGGCAAUCAGUGCCAUACACGACAUCACCGAUACCGACAAAGAUGGUACACCUGACAACAUGACAUUCCAUACUGCUAUGUCCAUGCUGGGACUCAUCCUCAUUGCUUUGGGAACUGGAGGUAUUAAACCCUGUGUGGCAGCGUUUGGAGGAGAUCAGUUUGAAGAACAUCAGGAAAAACAAAGAAGUACUUUCUUUUCCAUAUUUUAUCUGUCCAUUAACGCUGGCAGUCUUCUCUCCACUCUCAUCACACCCAUCCUGAGAGCUCAAGAGUGUGGUAUCUAUUCAAAGCAAAGUUGUUUCCCGCUGGCUUUUGGGGUCCCUGCAGCUCUCAUGGUGGUUGCCCUCAUUGUGUUCAUCGCAGGCCACGGCAUGUACAUUAUGGAAUCCCCUAAAGGCAACAUCCUGCUGCAAGUCAUGAAUUGCAUUGGAUUUGCAGUUAGUAACCGUUUCAAUCACCGCGGUAAGCAAUACCCCAAGAGAGAGCACUGGAUGGACUGGGCAGAAGAGAAAUAUGAUAAACUCCUGAUCGCUCAGGUGAAGAUGGUGUUGAAGGUUCUGUUCCUCUAUAUCCCUCUGCCAAUGUUCUGGGCCUUGUUUGACCAGCAGGGCUCCCGAUGGACUCUUCAGGCCACUACUAUGGAUGGUAACUUUGGAGCGUUUAUAAUUCAGCCAGAUCAGAUGCAGAUUGUGAACCCCAUACUGAUUGUGAUAAUGGUGCCGAUAAUGGACUCUGUAGUGUAUCCACUUAUCAAGAAGUGUGGUCUAAACUUCACGCCCCUGCGGAGGAUGACUGUUGGUAUGGUGCUGGCCGCGUUAGCAUUUGUGGCUGCUGCUCUUUUGCAGAUUCAAAUUGACCAAACAGUCCCCAACUUCCCAUCAAAUUCUCAAACCCAGGUGAAGUUCCUGAACUUGGAGGAAACAUCAGUGCCUGUUAUAGUGGAAGGGCAAGAACCGUUUGUUGUUCCUGGUUUUGAUUCCUCUAAUGAUUAUAUGACACUGGACAAAAUGGUAGUGAUGGUCUCUGCUGGAGGAAGAAACGCUACAGCUUUUUUCGUGAGGGGAAAAAGGCAAACAGUUUUGAUGAAUGCUAACGGAAUCCUAAGGAUGCUCAACGACAUAACUGAGAAGCCCAAUCAAGGCAUGAAUGCGAUCAGGUUUGUGAAUGGCUUUAGGUCUCCUCUGAACUUCUCCAUAAAGUCUGAUCAUCUGGGUUCCAUCACUUACUUACAAGCAUCAGACUACCUCAUUGUUACCCACGGCAAAGCUAAUUUUUCUAUUGUGAACCAAGAAGGACAGACGUGCCACUACAUCCUGCAGCUGGGCUUCGGAAGCUCCUACACAGUCCUGAUCCCAAGCAACUUUACUUUUGGAGAAUCUUGUACAGAGAACAUUAAAGCAAUAGAGGAUAUUGAACCGAACGGCAUCCACAUGGCCUGGCAGAUUAUACAGUACUUUUUGAUAACCUGCGGAGAAGUGGUCUUCUCUGUCACCGGCCUGGACUUCUCCUAUUCACAGGCACCAAGCAAUAUGAAGUCAGUCCUCCAGGCUGGUUGGCUGUUGACUGUUGCAGUGGGAAAUAUCAUCGUGCUCAUUGUGGCUGAGGCAGGCUCACUUCCAGAUCAGUGGGCAGAAUACGUGCUGUUCGCAUGUCUCCUGGUGGCCGUCAGUAUCAUCUUUGCGGUCAUGGCUUACUUCUACACCUACAUAGACCCGGCGGAAAUUGAGGCUAAAUUUAUGGAGCUCAAGCCAGAAGAUGAGAAGAAGAAAGGCCUUGAAAUGAUGACGAAAGACAAUUUGGCAUACGUAAACAACGAGAUAAAUAGCAUGGACGUCAAGCAAACGAAGAUCUAGAUACAUUGCUUCUUUUUUCUCUUGAUCUGUGGUUCGAAAGUGCUGGUGUUCCCUUUCCUAUUGACCGAAGAACUGAUUCACCAUUCUUUUUUAUCAAAGCUUGGCUUGGGAUUCGUUAUGCAGUAGCAAAAAUCAGCCCAAGAAAAGCCAAUUCUUCUUGAGAUCAAAUGGUGUGUUUUGGGACGACAAUCAUGGGCAGAAGGUUUGGUAGUUUCGUAUGUUAAGAUCAGCUUUAAAGUGGCUGUGCGUUGGUGCCUUUGGGGGGGGGGGGUUAUUUAUAAGUGUUAAUAUCAAUAGAUAGAUAAGUGAAGAAAAAAAAAAAAGAGCAGGUGACGCUCUUUUAUGGAAAAUGCAAUUUACCAUAAUAAUGAAAAACCAGUUUAAAUGGAAACUAAAGAGUGAAAGUACAUCAUCACACUGCUAUUAAAUCGAUUUUGAAUGCUAUUUCCCUCUUGUACGUCAAGCAGCACAAAGUCCUGUUCGUGUAAUUGUGAAGUGGAUCUUUCAGAAAACUUUCUAAAGUGCCUCUAAAUAAUUUGUAUUAAUAGCCAUUCAUCUACACAAUGAAAUGGGUAAGACAGAGUAUUGUAAAGUUUUCUUUGAAGUAAUUCAUUUUGACCAUAGUUUUAGCAACUAAAAAUGCAUUAUUUGAAGGGGUUACUAUGUGCACCAGAUAACUGCCAUACAACUAUGAGCAGUAGAAUGCAGUAUUUUCUUCAAUGUAUUUAAAAAAACAAAACAAAAAAAAAAUUCCCAACAUAACAUUGUAUGUGGAUUUUAAACUACAUUGGGUCCAAUAAGCUAUGAAUAAAUCAACUUUUGAUGAAGUGCUUCAAUAAAAUACAUAUUUAUGCCUCAGAAUGAAAA